AUGAUGUCUGGAAAAUUCACGACAGAAUCCGGAAAGCAGAAAAUCAUCGAGUAUAUUCGGAAGUAUGCAGUGACGUUCCACGCGGGUCGUUAUUCUUCAACGAUUUACUUCUCAGUCGACGUCUCCACCGUGUACAUUAAGAGACCGGUCGAUGUGACGUUCACUCUUCCAGAUUCGAAAAGAGCUCACAAGCUUGACACACCACGAACACAUUUUGAGGAAUUCCUACGGACAAUAUAUCCAUACGGAAGAGAAAAAUGA